GGUUAUCUGACAUGUUUACAGCAGCACCACACGCCAAGAGCCAUUGACAACUGGGGAAGACCUCGGAGCUGUAAAAUAGUACUAUGGCUACUCGUGGCAGCAUGUUCUGCCGCUUAUUUGACCGACAUAAAUGUUUAACUAAUAUAGAAAAACUCUUCGCACAGCGCGUAAACGUGCACAUUCAGCGGCCGUAUUCCAGCGCUACGCAUAAGGAAAAUGAACUUGAACUUCGAGAUCCGACUUUACCUGCUCCCAACUUUGCCGCAUCACUGACAACCAGGUCAACACGGCUGGAGAGGCUAAAAGACGACAGCAUACUACCCUUUUCAGCGUUCUUGACUGACAACUUUGGCCGGAGGCACAGCUACCUACGCAUCUCCCUGACAGAGAAAUGCAAUCUGCGCUGUCAGUACUGCAUGCCAGAGGAGGGGGUAAAGCUUACACCACGGAGCCAGCUGCUGUCCACUUCCGAGGUACUGACCCUGGCUCGCCUCUUUGUCCAGGAAGGGGUGGACAAAAUUCGCCUUACUGGAGGCGAGCCCCUCAUCAGACCUGAUGUGCUGGAUAUCAUUGCAGAACUGAGGAAGCUGGAAGGCCUGAAAACCAUUGCAAUAACAACCAACGGCAUGAACUUGGCCAGACUUCUGCCUAAGCUGAAAGAUGCGGGACUUGACCUGAUUAACAUCAGCCUGGAUUCACUGGUCCCUGCCAAAUUUGAGUUUAUUGUCAGGCGGAAAGGGUUCCACAAGGUCAUGGAGGGCAUUGAUAAGGCCAUUGAAAUGGGCUACAACCCUGUCAAGGUCAACUGUGUGGUUAUGCGAGGCCUCAAUGAGGAUGAGCUGCUAGAUUUUGUGGCGCUGACAGAAAAGAAGCCUCUGGAGGUGCGAUUCAUCGAGUACAUGCCUUUUGAUGGCAACAAAUGGAACUUUAAGAAGAUGGUGAGUUACCAGGAGAUGCUGGACCGUAUCAGGCAGCAGUGGCCCAAGCUGGAAAUGCUUCAAACUGGACAUACAGACACUGCCAAGACAUUUAAAGUGCAAGGCUUCAAAGGUCAGGUGGGCUUCAUCACCUCCAUGUCUGACCAUUUCUGUGGCUCAUGCAACCGCUUACGUAUCACUGCAGAUGGCAGCCUCAAGGUGUGCUUGUUUGGUAACUCUGAGGUGUCCCUGAGAGAUGUCUUGCGCUCUGGGGCAUCAGAUGAAGAGCUACUGCAAAUCAUCGGAGCAGCUGUGGGCAGGAAGAAGAAACAACAUGCAGGCAUGUUCAGUAUCUCCCAGAUGAAGAACAGGCCUAUGAUCCUCAUUGGCACCACAUCCCAAAGAUCUUUGUGUCUGUCAAAGUCACCAAACAGCCAGAUGGCUUUCCCCAUUUUUUUCCAGUUUAAAGAUGACACAUUACUCUCUCCAACAGCAGCUCCUUAUAUGUGUCAUUUGGGCAGCAGGAGAGUCCUAAAUAGCCUUCCAGAUUGCAGUGCUUCAACACAGGCAGUCCAUGUUUGCUCCUCAAGAACCUUAUUGAGUGGGGUUACCCAUGUUAGGUCAUAUAUCAACAAAGAAAAACCUAAUGUGAGAGACAACCUCUACAGUGUAGCACCUCUUGGGAGUGGCCUCACUUUGACCAGUUGUUACAUUAAGACUGCAAUUUUUACUACACGCACAAAUGUCAUGAGCCACAUUAAUGAAGAUGCUUUGAAGAACCACUUACUCAGGACCCCAGGAACACCUAUUUUCUGGACACUAAUGAAUGCCAAAAGAAAUCUUAACCACCACAGUGUUAGACUGUGCCACAAACAGAAUUGCAGCAAAGACCCCAGCAUCAAAAUCAGACAAUCUGUGAGUGAUCAGACCAAGUCAGGCACAAAUGUGUCCCACACUCACCUGGAUGAAACCAUGGAAGCCCAGCUGACGCAUACCGACGGCCAGGGGCGAGCCACAAUGGUGGAUGUUGGGGGGAAAACUCCUACGCGUCGAACAGCCACAGCCCGUGCCACUGUCGUCUUGGGCCCCACUGCUUUCCGGCUGCUUCGGGAUAACCAGCUGGCUAAGGGUGAUGCCUUGGCUGUGGCACAGUUGGCUGGCAUCAUGGCUUCCAAGCAGACCUCUGCCCUUAUCCCUCUCUGCCACCCACUCCCCUUAGACCAUAUCUCUGUUACCUUUGACCUGGAUGACCUGCAGAACUCGGCGGUCAUCACAGCAACCUGUAGCACUACGGGCAGGACAGGAGUUGAGAUGGAGGCUUUGACAGCCGUUUCCGUGGCAGCGCUGACUGUCUAUGACAUGUGCAAGGCAGUGAGCCAUGACAUCAUCAUCAUGGAUGUAAAACUGGUCAGUAAGACAGGCGGGAAGAAGGACUUUCAUCGUCAUUUUUGACCACCUCCCCUACCAAUGAAUCAGUGACAGGAAAACUGACAAUGAAUGAAUUGUAAGCAUGAAAACGAUUGUCCCAAUUUUCGCUGGCAUUGUCAUAGUUUUCUACAAACUAAAAUUUAUGCCAUCAGAAUAAUUUGAAGGAUGUUAGAGUGUUCAGGAUCCUUUCAGACACACUGGGCUUUGUAGAUGUCAGCCAUGGUGGGGAAAGAGUCAUGAGAGAGACAUGAAUCAUGUUAUCUAAACAGUGUUCAUGUUUACUUUAAUUCAGCAAUGCUUUGUAAAUAAUUUAAUUGUCAUACAUGAAAUUGUUAAUUUCUUUUAAUAUGUGUAUGUAUAUGCAUGUACUGUCUGUGUAACAAGUGGAGAGUUUAGAAUCAAUGAAGGGCUGCAGUGUUACUUUUUGUAUCUAGAGGGCACUCAAGUAUUUAUUCACAAGCCUCCCUGGAAGUUUUUCAGUGAAGAACAAACUGAGGACAGACUGAGCUGGAAGCUGGCGGAGAAGGAAGCUACAGCAGAGUAACAAGAGCAGAGGAGUGUACUGUAUGUUUCAGUGUCCUGGAUGCUUUACUCAGGUCUGCUGUUAAAUAUCACACUCUGUCUUCCUUUACUUACCUGCAUUGCAUUACAGUAAUUAACAGCAGUAUGAAUGUUUCUGCAAAUUAAUUUUUAAGUUAAUUCACUUGUAUGAAAUCUAACUUCUCAGAGAUGUUAUUUUUUAUAAUUAUGUCCAUGAUGAUGAUUGGUAAAGAAAUCAUUCUCAGAUUGCGAAUUUUACUGGAUUUCAUUUUAGUUUUUAUUAUUUUCCUUCUACCACUGUAAUAUACUGUAGACUGGAUAUUUAUACUCACACCACAUUACAAUAUAGGAUGACAGCAAGGUAACUUUUAAUAAUGACUGAUAACACUAAUAACCAAUGUACCCUGUACACUGCUUAGGUUUUGUUGUUUUUUUCCCUCUCUUUCCCCCCCAGGAGGAACUUGAUUGAUUGUGUUCAGUGAUUUGAUGUUAGCUCAAAAUUUACAGUAUGAUUGUAUGAAAAUUAGUAAUUCUUUAUAUGGUUGAAGUGCCUGAUGAAAUGACAACUGAUGCAGUGCCCGUGUAAUGUAAGGCUCAUUCAUUUAGUCACUGUUACUAUAAGUAUGAUCCUCUCUGGUCUGCACUGUAGAAUAGUUCUAACUUUUGGUCUUUGGAGAACUGAAUAUUGCUAUUUUUGUAUUAUAGCAAAUAAUUGAUUGUGGUCACUUUGCAUCCAACUCACUUCAUUUGCACUGCUCAUCUUUUUGGAAGAAUUAAAUGAAAACUGAGUUGCUGAAGGCUUGUUUAGCAUUUAUUUUCUAUUUUAAGACAAAAUAUUCUGCAGUUUCUUCUGUAAUGUCUUAACUUUGUAUGCUGCAUCUGAAAGUUGAGUAUUACUUGAUUCCACAAGAUGCUUUCACUCAGUUACAACACACAGUAUGUUCUAUUGUGUUUUGUAAGGCUAUUAAAG